AUGGGGUUGGUGAUGGUUAGUACACCGCCUAAUUCUGCUUCUGGAAGGGUGAUUGAUGAAGAAGGGUUCCAGCUUGUUACGAGGAAGGGUAAGGGGAUUGCGUAUGGCACUGCACUUAAAAUUCUUGCUUCUGCUGCUCAGGCAAGGGUCCCUCUUAAUGCUCAAGGUCAGGCUUUGGUUAUAAGGGAUCCCCCUAAGAAGGGGAGGGGAAGAAAGCAUAAAUGA